UGGAUGGGUAUCAAAGGAAUGAAUAAUAAAAAUAUAAGCAAAGAUUGCUUAGGUCUUCGUUUGCGAGUCAACGGCCUGCAUCAAACCUGGAAGUGGCUGCACCAAACCAUUGCCCUCCACGAAUACCUUAUCUCUGUUACUUCGGCAGAUUCUGCAAGAACAAAGCAGCAAUCUUUUGCAAAUUUUUAGAUUAGAAAGUACUAUAUUAUACUACACCAAAUAAAAAAUAGUACUAAAAAACCCUCAAAUAGAAAAACUUAUUAUAUUUUUUUUAUUGAAUGCCUGGCAUUGCUCUGAAUUUUGUUACAAAGUAAACCCAUACACUUAAGAAAUUGCUUUAUAGAUACUAUACGCAAACAAACGAGUUGUGCGCCGUUGUAUUAGUGAGUGUUCAUUUAUUAUAGACUUCAAAGUGAUAAAAAAAGAUACAAAAACAAACGAAAAAACAAUAAAAAACGAACCUAACCCUUAAAUAAAAAAGUUAAACCAAUUCAAACUAAUUACAUAAAAUAAUAAACAAGUUUAAAAGUUCUAUAAUACCCCAAUAACAGUAAAUCACUGCCAUUUUGAAAGUGUUUUUGUAUGAUAUUUGCAUAUAUAGAUAUUUUGUAGUAGAGUGAGAGAGAAAAAACUAAUCUAAAAGAUACAGCAAUACUUAGGGAAAAUCGCGCAAGAAAAUAAUAGAACAACAAAAGACGAAAGAAACGAGCACACAAAGCAACAGCAAAGAAGAAAUUCAAUAAAAAAAAAAUAUAUACAAAAUUGCAAAUUGCAUUUGAUUUGUGUGAUAAGAGAAUAAGGAAAUCAAAACUAUCACUUCACCAUGCUAAUGCAGGUUGGUGGAAGGGUUGCCAACCCGAUAAGAUGUUUUUUGAAUUUCAGACGACAAAGCGAUAAUGUUGUGCGCAAGUGCUUGAUGUCAUCGUCGUCAUCAGCAGGCGGCACAACAACAACAACUUCGAACACUGAUAACAACAACCAACAACAACAAUCAGAUGGAAGCAAUGUCAAUAAGGUUAAAAAGAUAACCGACUCAGAGAUAAAGAAAUCUGUCUUCAUAUCUCAAUCAUCUGACAUAUUUACGAAUUUGGCACUAGAAGAUUGGUUGUAUAAGAAUUUCGAUUUUAGCCAUCAUCAUGUGUUGUUGUUGUGGGCCAAUAAUCCGUGUGUUGUUAUUGGACGUCAUCAGAAUCCAUUUACUGAAUCUAAUGUUUCUAAAUUGUUGGAUAAGGGAAUUGUUUUGGCAAGGCGGAAUAGUGGUGGUGGUGCAGUCUAUCAUGACAAAGGGAAUCUGAAUUGUACAUUCUUUACGCCACGAGAGCGUUAUAAUCGAAAGUAUAAUUUGAAUAUUUUAACAAGGGCUCUGUUUCGUGAAUGGGCGAUUAAAUCGGAAAUAAACAAUAGGGAUGACAUUGUUAUAAGUGGGAAAAAGAUAUCAGGUACUGCUGCCAAACUAGGCCAUCCAAAUGCCUAUCAUCAUUGUACUCUAUUGGUUAAUUCAAAUAAACUACACCUUAGCGAAGCUUUAGUUCGCGAAGAGGCCAAUUACAUAAGCAAAGCAACUGCAUCUGUCCGAUCGCCAAUUAAAAACCUGAAUGAUGUUAAUCGCGCUGUUAAUGUACCCCAACUCUUAUCAGCAGUUGGUUAUGAAUUUCUUCGCACCAAUGCAACUGAAUUAACCGAUGGAGGACAAGAACAAACACAGAAACAACAAGGUUUUCAACUUGUUAAUCCAACUGAAAAAUGGUUCCCAGGAAUAAAUGAGAUUCGUGAUUUGUUUGGAUCAUGGGAAUGGGUAUAUGGAAAUACACCUAAAUUUCAAGUUGAAAAGGAAAUCAAUUUGAAAGCUGAUGAAAAGGAACAUAAGAUGAUUUUACGCAUUGAUGUUGAAAAGGGACUUAUGUCGGAUAUAACCAUUACUAUGCCCACUAAUGAAGUUGUGCCAAUUGUUUCUGAGCUCAAGGACAAACCAUAUAAUGAAGACAAUCUCCAGGGUAUCAUUGGAGCUUUGAAAAUGGUAUCAACUGAUAAUGUGAAACAGGCAAUGAAUGGAUUUUGACGUUUAGAGAUUUAAAAAAUAUCGUUUUCAUUUUUCUUAAUUUUGGUUCUUAAUUUUUUUUUU